AACGCUGCUUGCAAACUGUCAACGAACCACGAAGAAGAAUCUGUUUAGAGCGGACCAGACAGAUUUCGGCUAUACAUCUUCUGUGUGAAACACUGGAGAUUAGCUAUUCACGUAUAUUUUUUUAACUUUUCAUCCGCCGGUGGACUGACUUUAAUCUAGUAUAAUCUUCACUACAAAUCUAGGAUUUCUAACUGUCCUUGAAAAGGCCCCAGAAAUGGCAGAAAAUACAGAGCAAAACGAGGCAAAGCACGACCACUCCUCAUCCCCUGGAAAUGCAGAUCAAGAGAAAGAAACGGCAGCCAGCGCAUAUGAAGCGUUUACGGCCGGGAAGUACGACGAGUCUCUGAAAAACCUGGAGGCCCUGCAGGAGCUGAACAAAGAGGACUACAAGAUCGCCUUGAACAAAGCGGUCGUGGAGUUUUACAAGAGCAGUCAGACCACCACGGGGACUCUGAAGCAGACGCUCAUUGCUAUGAAGAACCAGGUCCACACGUCGGCGGAGGACAUCGACGGGUUGGACGACGUUGAAAACAGCUUGCUGUAUUAUAACCAAGCCAUCAUCCACUACCAUAUGAGGCAGUACUCUGAAGCCAUCGCCAUAGGAGAGAGGCUUUACCAGUUCCUGGAACCGUUUGAGAGGUUCGCUCAGGCCGUGUGCUUCUUGCUGGUGGAUCUGUACCUGCUCACCUUCCAGCCAGAGAAGGCCCUCCAUCUGCUGGCUGUGCUGGACAAACUCUCCGUACAAGGAAGCAACAAGAACGGCAAGGGAGAGAGUAACAGUUCAAACCAGAGGGCAGAGUUCACAGCCAGGAUUGAGGCAGCCAAGUCAAAGAUGCACCAGUACAAAGUGAGAGCUUACAUUCAGAUGAAAUCCUCCAAGGCCUGCAAAAGGGAGAUCAAAUCUGUGAUGAACACUGCGGGGAACUCCGCGCCUUCGCUCUUCCUCAAGAGCAACUUUGAGUACCUGAGAGGAAACUACCGCAAAGCGGUGAAGCUGUUGAACAGCUCCAACAUCGCAGAGCAUCCUGGACCAAUCAAGACAGGAGAAUGCGUGCGAUGUAUGUUCUGGAAUAACCUUGGCUGCAUUCACUUUGCGAUGGGGAAACACAACCUCGGCAUUUUCUACUUCAAGAAGGCGCUGCAGGAGAACGACCACACCUGCGCACAGCUGGGAGACGGGAGCAGCGGGCAAUCCAAGAAGUUCACAGGCAUCCCCAUGUGUGCUCUGCUAGCCAACAAGCGCUACGAGCUGCUGUAUAACUGUGGCAUUCAGCUGCUGCACAUCGGCAGGCCUCUGGCAGCGUUCGAGUGUCUGAUGGAGGCCGUGCAGGUGUACCACUCCAACCCCAGGCUGUGGCUGCGACUGGCCGAGUGCUGCAUCUCUGCUAACAAAGGGGGGUCGGAGCAGGAGAGCAAAGGUCUACCUUGUAAAAAAGGGAUAGUUCAGUCUAUUGUCGGGCAGGGGUACCAUCGCAAGAUCGUGCUGGCAUCCCAGUCGACCCAGAAUACCAUCUACAGUGAGGGCCAGUCAGCGGCGAUCCCGGUAGCCAGUAUGGAGUUUGCAGCCAUCUGCCUGAGGAACGCUUUGCUGCUCCUCCCUGACCACCAGCAGCAGGACACCAAGACAGAGAACGGCUCCAAGAGUUUCAGUCAGUCGAGAAGUACCGAGAGCGGCGGCGAGAACAGCGACGCCUGCAGUGGGAAAGGUCAGGAGGCCGAUAAGUUCCUGUCUGCUGCUCCAUCGUCUCCUCUCAGGAAACAGGAAGUAGAAAACCUCAGGUGCUCCAUCCUGGCGUGUAGUGCCUACGUGGCGUUGGCGCUGGGAGACAACCUGACGGCCCUGAACCACGCUGAGAAACUGCUCCAUCAAACCAAGGUGUCGGGAUCCCUCAAGUUCCUCGGUCACCUCUAUGCUGCUGAAGCCCUCAUCUCACUGGACAGGAUCUCUGACGCCAUCGCUCACCUCAACCCGGAGAACGUCAGCGACGUGUCAAUGGGGGUUCUGACCAGCGAGCAAGACCAAGGGUCCGACAAAGGAGACGAGUCUGUAGAGUCCUCAGGGAAGCAGACUCCCCUGUGUUACCCCAGCAGUGUGACAUCAGCUCGGGCCAUGAUGCUUUUCAACCUGGGCAGCGCCUACUGUCUCAGGAGCGAGUAUGAAAAGGCCCGCAAGUGUCUGCAACAGGCUGCGUCAAUGGUGAACACCAAGGAGAUCCCGCCUGAAGCCAUCCUGCUGGGAGUCUACUUGGAGCUACAGAACGGCAACACCCAACUGGCCCUGCAGAUCAUCAAACGGAACCAGCUGCUGCCCACGGCGGUCCAGAGGGUCUCUCCCGAGUCACGCAAGAAACCCGUCCAGCCCGUCCAGCUGCCCUCUUCCUUCACACAAGUUCAGCGCAAAUGAGCCUCCAGACCCCCCACCCCUCCACACACAACACACACCCCCACCCCAACGAGCCUUGGUAUUUAUAAAGCUGCUUCCCCUCAGCAUCAGGAGCUGUUUGAACUGCUGCUGGGGCUGACUGACUGACAAGGAGAGGAAAUAACCGUAGACCAGCUGACUUUAUUUCCAUUUGAAUGAGGAAUCCGUGUGUUGUCUGAACAAUGAAAAUAAAUUUUAUUUACUGUA